GGCGCUCGGCUCUUCUCAGAUCCUCGUUAUGGUGGCCGCGGGUGCUGGGGCUGCCCGGCUGCUCGUGCUCUUGCUGAUAGCCGCCGCGGCUCCAAGUAGGGCCCGAGGCAGCGGCUGCCGGGUCGGGUCCGCCGCGCGCGGGGCUGGGGCUGAUGGUCGUGAAGGUGAGGGCUGUGGUACUGUGGGAUUGCUGCUGGAGCAUUCAUUUGAGAUUGGUGAUGGAGCCAACUUCCAGAAGCGUGGCUCGUUGCUCUGGAACCAGCAGGACGGUACCUUGUCGGCAACACAACGACAACUCAGUGAAGAGGAGCGGGGCCGGCUCCGGGAUGUGGCUGCCGUCAAUGGCCUCUACAGGGUCCGGGUCCCCAGGCGGCCUGGGGUACUUGAUGGUUCAGAAGCUGGCGGCUAUGUGUCUUCCUUUGUCCCAGCGUGCUCCCUGGUGGAGUCUCACCUCUCAGACCAGCUGACCUUGCACGUGGAUGUGGCUGGCAACGUGGUGGGACUGUCAGUGGUUGCUUACCCUGGGGGCUGCCGGGGCUCUGAGGUGGAAGAUGAGGACCUGGAGCUGUUCAAUACAACUGUGCAGUUGCGGCCUCCAGGCACCGCACCAGGCCCUGAGACUGCGGCCUUCAUUGAGCGCCUGGAGAUGGAGCAGGCCCAGAAGGCCAAAAACCCUCAGGAGCAGAAGUCCUUCUUUGCCAAAUACUGGCACCUCAUCCUGGGGGGGGCCGUGUUGCUCACAGCCCUGCGUCCUGCUGCCCCAGGGCCUGCGCCAGCGCCAACGGAGGCCUAAUGGAUGUACAUCAUUCCAGUUGUGCUGUUCCUCAUGAUGUCUGGAGCACCGGACGCCGGGGGCCAGGGUGGCGGUGGGGGUGGGGGCAGCGGCCGGUGAGAAGCUGUACCACCUGGAGUCCUCCAGAGUUUCCUGUCCUUGGCCAGUCCAAGAAGGAGUUCCUGUCCCUCUGUCUCCCUAUUGCAUGAACGUGAAAGGCUCUCCCUUCUCAGGAGCCCGCAGCCUUCUUGCAGGUCCUUCAUUCUCUCUCUGAACCUCUCUUUUGAGAGCCAGGGUGCACCUCCCUGUAGCCACCUCAGGCCCACCGGCUUUCCUGGGUGCUGUGCUACUAUGUCCUGCCAUGUGGCACUGUUCCCUUGCUAAACAUGCACAAGCCCCGCCCAACCCCACUCCACCAUGCAGUUUGGGAACAUGCCGGAUUCUCUCCAGCCUCUGAGCCUUUGUCCCCAUCCCCAUGCACUCCUCACUGUCACACUUAGGCUCCUGCUGCUGGUGGCCGGGUCUACCUGCCAGCAUGUUGAAGCCUCCAGCCACUUUCCAUGUGGCAUGCUUUGCUCUCUGCCCCAGAACACCAUGGUGACUUCUAGCACCGUCCUUCCUGUCUGAGGACAGCAGCAGGAGAGGAUUUGGGGUCUCCCCGUUAGUCUGUUAUUUUUGCCAUUUGUGUGCGUGUUCGGAGAGCCAGGCUUGAGCGUGGCUGCUGCUGACCUCAGCUGUGUUGUAUGGCUGUUGAUUAAACUGUCCCCUGAACGGCUACCAUUCAGCUCG